AUGGGGGUGGAGUUGCCCGGAAUCCUGGAGGCGCUCGACUCGGCCACCUACGCGGCGAUGGACACGGAGUUCCCCGGUUUCCUGCACCAGACCCCGCGGUUCGCGUUCCCCCGCGAACGUCAGGCGCAAUGUGGACAGUAUGAAGCUCAUCCAGCUCGGGCUCUCCUUCUCCGGAGACGGUGGGCGGCGCCGGACCUGGCAGAUAAGCUUCCGCGACUUCGACGUUGCCUCUCCGUCGGAUGCGCGAUCGGAGGCCUCGGUGGAGCUGUUGAAGAGGAGCGGCGUUGAUCUGGCCAGGACCAGAAGAGAGGGGGUCGACUCGGAGGCCCUCUCCGAGUUACUGCGACGAUGCGAUUAGGUGGGACGGCGCAAACCACGGUGGGUGACGUUCCAGGGACUUUACGACGCGGCGUACCUGGUGAAGCUCCUCACUGGGGCGCCGUUGCUGCCGAAGCUCCCCGGGUUCGCCCGGCUGGUGGGGGCGACCCUCGGCAGGGUCAUCGACGUCAAGUACCUCACCAGGUUCUGCGGAGGGUUCCACCUCGGCCUGGCCCGGCUCGCCGACACUGCCGGCGUGAAGCUGGAGGGCGGCGCGGCGCACCAAGCCGGCGUCGACGCCCUGCUCACGGCUCGGUCUUCAAGGUUCAAAUGGAGCGACCAUGCGGGCGUGAGGAAGAGCUGA